AUGGCACCCUCCACCCCGACAGAUUGUGAGAAGAAUGAUAGGAUGGCCAGUGCCAAGAACAACGUACCUCCUCGUGAAAAUAACGACUACGAUGAAUCUCCGGAAUCUCACCGCCACCGCCACCACCACCACCAUCACCAUCAUCAUCUCCCUCCGACUCCUUCUGUGCCGGGUCGCCUCGCUCUUUGGAAUGCCCGAGUUGAAUCUCUCUCGGAUUUCGAAGCUCGUGGGAUCACUCGUGUUCCACCUUCUGAGCGUCGUCCUUCCUCUUCCUGGGAUGAUAUAUCCGUGGCACUACUCUGGUUUUCUGCCAACAUCUCCGUGAACAAUCUCGCUGUCGGCCUUUUCGGUCCACUUAUCUUCAGUCUCGGUUUCUUUGACUCCGCUAUGUGUGCUGUCUUUGGCGGGCUGCUGGGCAGCCUCUCAACGGCCUAUAUGAGUACAUGGGGUCCCGUGAGCGGAAACCGUACUAUGGUAGUGCUAAGGUACUUCAUGGGAUACUGGCCCGCCAAGUUACCGACAAUAUUGAACAUUAUUCUCAUGGUCGGCUACUGCACGAUUGAUGCAAUAUUAGGCGGGCAAAUGCUUAGUGCGGUUGAUGAUGGGGCUAUGUCUAUCGCGGUUGGUGUCGUGGUGGUUCAGGUGGUGUGUUGGAUGAUUACACUGUUUGGCAUGAAACCAUUCCACACGUAUGAGAGAUUCGCUUGGAUACCACAGCUGAUCGUACUUCUCGUGCUCGCGGGCACUGCAGGGCCGAAUUUUGACGUUGGGGCCCGUUCAGUCGGCUCAGACACAGCAAUUUCUGCAAAUCGGCUAAGCUUCUUGUCGCUGUGUUUAUAUGUGCCAAAUUCUUGGGGAGCUGCAGCCUCGGACUUCUACGUCUACUACCCGGAGAGGACGUCGAAAUUGAAGAUUUUCGCGCUUACUCUAGCGGGGCUUUGGUUGUCUUUCUCACUCGUGUAUCUUCUGGGCAUCGGGAUCGCCACGGGAAUACGGAACAACCAGGCCUGGUCCGACGCGUAUGAAGUCUCAACUGGGGCAUUAAUAGUCUCUGCCUUCGAACCUUUGAAAGGGUUCGGGCGGUUCUGCGGAGUCAUCGUCGCGCUGGGCGUCAUUGCCAAUAGCAUCCCUGGGACCUACGCUGCCGCACUUGGAUGUCAGGUUUUGGGGCGUUAUGGCAAGGCUGUUCCUCGUUGGACGUGGUCAUGUGUGCUCAUUGUAAUUGAACUCGUUUUGGCACUAGCUGGAAGGGAGAAUUUGCUUGUCAUCAUGCAGAAUUUUCUCGCGCUGAUGGGCUACUGGGUUGAGCUCAUGGUAGCCAUCGUAUUAGUUGAGCACGUAUUGUUCCAGAGAUCGGGGCGCUUCGAUUGGGCGAAGUGGGAGGACAAAGCAUACCUUCCACUUGGUAUUGCUGCACUUGUGGCAUUUCUGCUCGGUUGGGUAGGAGCCAUUCUAGGGAUGUAUCAAGUGUGGUAUACUGGCCCACUAGCAGCUAUCUCGGGGUCCGCCGACGUGGGACUUUGGAUAGGAACAGGGUUCACCUUGGUUGUAUAUCCAGGGUUAAGAUGGGCCGAGUUAGGCUAUUUCAAUCGCUAA